AAUCAAUAUAUCAGAAAAAAGUGGAUGACGACAUCAAAACGGCGAUAAAUUUGGUCGUUUCAGUUUUCCUCGUUCGUCACCAAGAGCAGUUGAGAGAUUAGGUUAUCUUCUCUUUCUACUUCUCUUCUUCAUAGAAGCUACUCCAAUUUCUAUGGCACAACUAUUUACGAUCGAUGGACCUAUAAAUCGAUAAAGAGAAAGAAGAAACCUUUUAAAAACUUUAAACCAAUGAUUCGCCAUCUAGUCUCAUCUCUGACCCACCGCUUCGCAUGGCGGAUUCCGAUUUUCGUCUACGGCGCAACGUGGACGUUGUUUCUGACGAUGACGGUGGCGAUCAUCUCUCUCGCACCGGAAUUCGCUUUCGUGUCGGCUAUUUUCCCGUCAUCUUCUUCUUCGGUGGAGUUCUCUCGGCGGUGCGGCUCUUACGCAGCCGUUUUGGUGCCGUUGGAUCUUCCUUCGGAGGUGUUGUGUUUACCGGCGAAUCUUUUCCGGAGGUCGAAGAUGGACCUCGUUGUGCCGCCGGUUUUUGCAGCAAUUGUUGUGGCUCUUUCCGCCGUCGUCGUCCGAACUAUGGGCCUUUGGGAGGCUGAAGAAGCCCAUUAAUUUAGGCCCAUUAAAUCUUGUUAUGUUAUAAUCUUCACCUUGUAAUAAUAUACACUUUGUUAAUUUCAUUUGGAGAUAUAUAAAUAGAUUACUAGAUGAAGAAAGUUAUUUUCUUACACAAAAAUUUGUGUUUUAUAAUUUUAUUCAAGAAAAAAAUAUGGAUAAUGAUUUCUAAUUAUGGUAUUCCAUAAAGAAAUAUGUAGUUAUGAAAAAGAUAUGGCAUUAAUGAAACAAUAUCAAGAAGAAGGAUAAAUUUUAAAUGUCUAA